AUGAGCAAAUACAUGAUAUUGCGUAAUCCCAAAUACAAUACAACAAAGUUCCACAGUAACGGCCGGCUAGAAGGAGCGUCGGUGAAUAAACGCACCAAGCGCAGUUUAACGUCGAACGAACUAGCAUUUUUACAAACCGUGGACGACAAGGUCGAAGCAGCACAUUUACAAAGGACUCUGCCCACGGUUCCAAGAAGUAAACCAAAAUUUGAGAUCAGUGAAGAAAAUGUCGUCUGUGCGGAGAACGCUACGACGACCUGCAGAAGGUCAAUCCUGGAACGGCCACUCCUGUGCAAGUCUUGA